AUGAACGCCGACGAUGUCCCGACCGGCGAAGUCGCGGACAACGACUACGCGAGCCGCAGCGGCCAGUCCGGCCCCAUCCCCGUUCAGAAGGACUCCGCUCCGGUCGAAGAUCCCAUCGACCCGGCUAAGGCUGAUACCGACGAGCAAUUGGCCCAGGAUGACAAAGAGGCUAUCGAUCAGAGCAACAUCGUUGAGGGCCGUACCCGUGGCGCUACCAAGCCAGCUGGUACCUACCAGGAGCCUGGUGAUGAGGAGGGACUUCCUGGCCCAGAUGAUGGCACCUCCAAUGUCCGCUAG